AUGAGUGAUAAAUCAGCAAAUGGAACCGUCGAGAGCGAUCAGCAAAAGGCUGAGAAAGCAUCAACGAUUCAGAAGAAUAUAAUCAGCCAAAUGACAGAUCAAGAACUGGAAGAAUUGAUGGAAAUCAUUGAAGCAAAGAAAGAAAUUGAAUAUAGAAGAAGAGAAAAUGAAGAGCUGGCAAGAGAGUUGGGGGAGAUGAACAAGAAAGGAAAAAGAGUGGAGCAAUAUGACACGACACAGAAUCAGACAAGUCAUCAAACAGCAACACACGCUCUCAAACUAGUAACAACAACAGAAGAGACCGAGGUAACCAAGAAUCGGUGA